AUGGCUACUCCCACAAUUCGCAUUGGCUAUGUGCCCGAGCACUACCUUACACCACUCCACCUCACCCUCCGCUCCCCGGCUGUCACAGCCCUCCCAUUCAAGAUCGCGCUGACCCCAUUCCCCUCUGGAACGGGUCAUAUGAUCACCUCUCUGCGCGGCAAUGAGAUUGACAUCGCCAUCGGUCUUACUGAGGGCUGGGUCGCCGGUCUAGCAGGCAAAGCGCAACAACUGAGCCAGAACGCAGAUGGCGGAUACAAGGUUGUCGGCCACUGGGUUGACAACCCGUUGCGCUGGGCUAUUGUGACCGGCCGCAACCGCAGCCAAAUUAACGGAGUGUCGGACUUGAAGGACCAGCGGGUUGGAGUUAGCCGGCUGGGAAGUGGCUCGCACAUUAUGUCUUUUGUCCUUGCCCAACAGCAAGGCUGGAAAGCAGACUCUCUUACAACCGUCCCUCUUGGACCCUUUGGGCCUCUGCGCGACGGUGUCUCUGGGUUGGAUGAAUCGCAGCCUGAAAAGGCCGCUAACCCAUCAGCUGAGUUCUUCAUGUGGGAGGAAUUUACCACUAAGCCAUACUUCCACCCGACAGCUGAGAAGCCAAACCCACCUCUGAAGAAGAUUGGCGAGAUUUUUACUCCUUGGCCUUCGUGGAUGAUUGUUGCUUCUACUGCUCUUUUCCCUGACCCUGAGAACGACCAGCGAUUGGCCAGUCUUUUCCAGGCUCUUGACCAGGGUGUCAAGGACUUUGAGGCUGAUACGGCUCAAGUUGUUAAAUUGCUCGGUACUGGGGAGCUUGGCUGCAAUUACAUUGAAGAGGAUGCAACAGAGUGGUUGAAGGAUGUUAAAUUUACUAACAGCACUCGUGGUGUUGAUAAUAAGCUUAUUGAAGGUGUUAUUGAUGUGCUUAAGGUUGCUGGUGUCAUUGACCCGGCCAUGAGCAAUGAGGAGGCUACCCAGCGGGUUAUUGGAAUCAAGAGGUAG